GUUGGGAUAUAUUAAUGACUAGUAAUAAAUAGUCGUGUACAUAACAACCCAACAUUUUUGUAUAUACUUAACAAAAAAAGCAAUAAUUAAUUUAAGAAAUGUCAACGUUACUACGACUUGUUCAUUCUCAAGCAAGUAAGAGUAGAGUGUCAUUUUUAAAAUCAAGAGAUGUUAAAAUAUUUAACACAGCAUAUCGCAGUGAUUCCUCGAAAGUUCAAAAGAGUGACCAAGUACCGGUGUAUGAAGUAAAGCAGUCCUGGAUUAGUUAUGGAUUUAACUACAAUGAUAAGAAAAUGGAUCGCCACUUCAUGCAUCACACAUUUUUUAUUACUAUCUCUAUCUGCCUUGUAUUUGGAAGUCUCAUAGUUGGUUAUGCACCAGAUCCAUUAUUAAAGGAUUGGGCUCUACGUGAAGCAUACCUACAACUUCGUUAUAGAGAAGAAAAUGGUUUGCCCCAUAUUGAUCCAAAUCUGAUAGAUCCAUCUAAGUUCACUCUCCCAAGUGAUGAAGAACUAGGUGACACAGAAAUAAUUAUUUAAAUACUACCAAAAUAGUGUACACAAAACAGAUUAGCAUUUUUAUAUAUUAAAAAUUGUUAUUCCACAUGUUUGUGUAAUAUCCUUUUACAUAACAUCAAGUUAUAUUAUAUAUAAUAAAUGGUUUUCAU